ACUGUGCUGAAGAUGGUAUAUGAGGAGAGCCACAAAAUAUUGGCUUUGUCAGAACAUCCCUUUGGUUUUAGAGAGCUGAAAAGUGUUCAUCAGACCAGAGCAGCAAUGGAGGGAUGGCAGAAGGAGGGUGUAGCCUUGCUGGAUGCUAUACAGUCGCUGAAAGAUUACCUUAGCAAGGUGACAGAUAGAGGAGAUGUGGAACAUUCCAGUAUUGCUGCUGACUGGAGAGGAGAGCUUCUGCAAGCAGUACAGAAGAUGUUUGAGAAGGAGAGAAAUGUGUUGCAAAUUGACUUGAAGUCUCAAUUCUCCAACACUGGAUCUGGUGAUGAAGGUUUGUUAGCGGAAAAACUGGAGUAUAUCAUGAAACAACAAGAGGAACAGAGGCAGAUGGUUGUACAGCACCUUUUCUCCUCAGACCGGAACAGCUUGCUCUCUGAAAUACAGGACCUCCAAGCUCAGCUACGCAUGACACAUCUUCAGAACCAGGAGAAGCUACAGCAGUUACAGGAAGCCCUUACCAAUGUGGAAGAUCAUGGGAGCAAACAAGAACACCACCUUCGGAGGAAAGAAAAGGAUUUGACAGCUGCACUUGAAGACUUGCAGGCUGAACAUCUGAAGGAAACAGAGCUACAAGGUUUGUUUGAGGAACAACAGCUUCAGCAUAAGAAAGCAGAAGAUGAAAAGACAAAGGCCUUGCAGGAGCUGCAGGCUGCCCUGGAGUUGCAGUCAGUGCAGAAUAGCCAGCUGGCCGUAUCCUUAGAGCACGAGCAAACGGUAAAUGAUAAUCUCCGCAAGGAACUUCAGAUUGAGCACUCCCGCUGUGAAGCUCUGCUGUCCCAGGAACAGACCAAACUGUCAGAGCUACAGAGAAAUUUGGAUGCCGAGAAAAAUCGUUCGUUGGAGCUCCUGAAUUCCUUGAAUCACGAACGUGUUUUGACAGAACAGUUGAGCAUGAGAGUAAAAGAAGGUGCUUCUUGUCAGCACAGGGAGUCACUACUGGAACAAGCCUUUGUUCGAGAGCUCCAAGCCCAGCUGGAAGAAGAGAGGUCCCGAACUAUGGAGCUAGCUGCUAUUAUUGAGAAAAUGCACCAGAAGGCCAUUUGUUCCAAAAGGCAGCUAGAGGCUGAAGUACAGAUGUGCUGCGAAGAAACUCAGAAGGAGAGAGAGGUCAGUGACAAACUGCGAGCUACGCUGGAAUCUCUUCAGGGUCAAAAGCAAGAGCAAAACUUGGAACAGCAGCACCAGAGGGAUGAACAAAGAAUUAAAGAGCUGCAGGAUAUACUGACAAUAUUAGAAGAAAAAGAAAGAAAUCUUCCAUCUCCAAACUGUCGGCAAGACCUGUUGUGUACCUUAAACAAAGAUCGAAAUGUCAAACAGCCCAUGACAAAAGAAACUGAAAAAUCACAUUUGCAACAGCAGCAACAACAGCUAGAGAAGAUAAGACAGCAGUUGCUUUUUGUAGCUGUGCACCUGAAUGAUUUCAUAUAUAAAACUUUAGAUAAAACAGUUAACGACUGGUCUACAUCAAAUGAUGAAGCUGUAGCCUCUUUACUGCAGACGUUGAAGGAACUAAAAUCAGAUUUAUUGUCUCCUUCUGCAUCUCAGAUCACAUCUACGGAUGGUACUGACUCUGUUCAAGAAGUGGAAAGAGAUGCUUGGCAGCGAGAGAGAAACAUUUUGCAGAAUGCACUGAAACAGGCUGAAUCUGAACUGGCUAAAGCAACUGUUGAAACUGAAAACAAACGAGUGGUAGAAACUUACAGUCCUAAGUUGCAGAGAUUAUAUAGGAAGUACCUUAGAGCAGAGAGCUUUAGAAAGGCUCUAGUUUAUCAGAAGAAAUACCUCUUGCUGCUUCUUGGUGGAUUUCAGGACUGUGAGCAAGCAACCCUCUCUCUAAUAGCACGUAUGGGAAUUUACCCCUCACCUGCUGACCUGCAGCCUUCUGGAUCACGCUCUCGUUCUUUUACCAAGUUCAGAUGUGCCGUCAGGGCAAUCAUUGCGGUGUCAAGGUUAAAGUUUUUGGUGAAAAAGUGGAACAAAGUUAGCAGGAAGAGCAUACAGGGUGAAACCACUUCUCACAGUACAGGAGGUAAUACAGAAAAGGCUGCCGGUUCCAGAAGCAAACGUACGUGUGGGAGCCGGGAGCCGCCGGGUGCUUUGCAGGCCGCAGGUGACCUUUGGGCCAGCCAUGAGGAACUCAUGCUAGAUACAUCACAGGUGGCAUCCUGCCUCUUCUGUAGGAAACUGGUGAUCUGCAGGAGUGAGGAUACUGUGUAUGGGAGGAUCCCAGCUGCGCUGCCGCAAGGGCUGGCGCAGACUCUGGCUCCGCAGUGCCCG